AUGGCGCGCAAACGCCAACAGACCGAACUGGGGGGAAAACGAACAGAAAACGAAGAAGAAGAAAUUGAGCUGCUCGGAGAAGAAGAAUCCUCAAAGGAAGAAGAGAAUGAGGAGGGAAAGACACCAAAGAAUACCAGCGACACGCUGGAAAACACACUGGGAAACCUAAACAAGAACAUGGAACUCAUGGCGGAGUCGAUGACUUCGAUGCACAAAGCCAUGAAAAGAAUGGCGGAAACUCAGGAUAAAAGUUUACCAAAGAGGAGGAAAGUCGAAAUGUCUGACUCAGACAUCGAUUCAAGCAUAGAAUCGGAAAAUUCCGAUAUCCUAUCAGUCCCAAUACAGAGGGAAAUACCGAGGAAACCCAAAAAACUCGAGAUUCCCCUCCUACAAGAGAAAGGAGGGGGGAAAGAACUAAGCAUGGAMGACAUACAGGUCAGUAAUUUUGAAAUCAACCUUGAUAAUAUAAAGCAGUACUUGAAUACUAAAGUUGACCGCUUUAAAGCGGGAAGGAUAAGAGAAUCCUACCAUUUGUGGGAAAAACUUACCUCAGACUCUGAGGUUCUGAAUACCGUUAAAGGUCAGACUAUUGAGUUCACCAGGACCCCUUAUCAGGCCAGAGCGCCUACUCAGAAAACAUUCAGUGUUGAAGAGAGACAUAUUGUUGGGUCAGAUAUUAAAAAAUUACUAGAUAAACAAGUUAUCCAGCUAUCAGAUAAUGAGCCUCACGAGUUCAUAUCCACAAUAUUUUUACGACCAAAGUCAGAUGGUACACAACGUAUGAUACUUAACCUCAAAAAACUUAACGAGUCUGUUAUGUAUCAUUAUUUCAAAAUGGAUACAUUAUGGUCGGUUAUCAGAAUGAUGAAACAGAAUUGUUUCAUGCAAUCCAUAGAUAUCAAGGAUGCUUACUAUUCAGUCCCUGUGAACCCUAACGACCAAAAAUGCCUAAAGUUUGAAUUUGACGACCAGUUAUAUAAAUAUACAUGCUUUCCUAAUGGCUUAGCACUGUGCCCUAGAAAGUUCACAAAACUACUCAAACCAGUAUACUGCCACUUGAGGGAGAAAGGACACCUUUCAUCAGGAUAUAUUGAUGAUUCCUAUCUACAAGGCGAUAGUUAUCAGGAAUGUCUGGCCAAUGUUGUAGACACCAUAAAAUUAUUUGACAAAUUAGGCUUUGUUGUGCACCCAGAAAAAUCUGUGUUCAUACCCAGUCAAGUCAUUACAUUCCUGGGUUUUGUUAUAGACUCUAGUAAUAUGACAAUUAAGCUUACCCCUGAAAAAGCGGAAAAAUUAAAGAAUUGCUGUCAGGAGGUCAUUAGCACAGCUAGACCUACCAUCAGGACCAUUGCAAAACUCUUGGGUCUUAUGACAGUGAGCUUCCCUGGGGUUAGAUAUGGCCCACUUUACUACAGGAGACUAGACAUGGAAAAAACAAGGGCACUUUCAAUGCACAGAGAUUUUGAUAGAAAAAUGACUUUGUCAUUGUAUACUAAAGUUCACAUUAAAUGGUGGAUAGACUCUAUACACACCUCAUUUAAUAUCAUCAAUAAUGGGGACCCCCAUAUUACACUUUAUACAGAUGCCUCAAAAAUUGGUUGGGGCUGUGAUUGCAAAGGAAUAGCUACAGGGGGACCAUGGAGCCCAGAGGAGGCUGGAAAGCACAUCAAUUAUCUAGAAAUGUUAGCCAUCAAACUGGCUCUAGAAUCUUUUGAAAAUAAAGUUAGUCACAAACAUGUCAAACUGAUGGUUGAUAAUAUGACAGCUGUCACCAUCCUUAGUAAUAUGGGCUCAAGUCAUUCAUGGGAACUGAAUGAACUUAAUAUAGAGAUAUGGGAAUGGUGCAUUAAAAGAGAGAUUUGGUUGACACUAGCACAUGUUCCAGGUGUCAACAAUGUAAUAGCUGACCGAGAGUCCAGAUUGAAGAGAAUAGAGAUUGAAUGGACUCUUAAUCAAACGUUAUUUGAGGAAGGCUCUAAAAGAUUAUCAGUAAAACCAGAGAUCGACUUAUUUGCCUCACGGCUUAAUUAUAGACUCAAACAAUACGUCUCAUACAAACCUGACCCAGGGGCAAUAGCAGUAGAUGCUGUAGCGCUCGAAGACAGUGCGGGGCGUUGUGAUCUUGCGCCGAGUGUCAACCGUAUGAGAUUCGUAAACGAAACAGGCUCCAACUCCACUAUUUAUUUACUAUAA